CUCCCAGUUCAGAUGUCAGUCCACCCACUCUUAAUAAAGGCUGAGGAGACUGUGAGAGUUUCAGUUCAGCAUCACUGUAUUCAGCUGCUGAAGAGAGAGAGAGAGAAUCUUCAGCAGCAUCUGACCUCAGGUGUUUGUCACAAUGAGUUUUCUGAUCUCACUGUGUGCGUCGCUGCUGCUGUUAUUGAUUAAUGGUUCUACAACUUCCAGCUCUGAUCCAUGCUAUAAUUAUACGAUUCUUGAUGAAUACUGGAGAGACAUACGAGCAAACUAUUACUACUCUUCACGUAAUGACAGUCUUGUUGAAUGGAGAGGCUGGUAUCGGCUGUAUCUGAGAGGACUCAGUGCUCAAAUGUCUGAGUGGUGUGUGAGUACUACACGUUGUGGUGGUGAAACUGGAUUGUCUCUCAAUGGUUCUCAUCCAAGACUUGAGGAUGGAGUGGUGACCCGUGAAGUGGUGGGAACUAAUGCUAUGGUGUGGAUGUGGUCGACUUCCUCUUGUGGCAGCUAUAAAUCCAACUCCAUUCGAGUCAAAACUUGUCCUGGAAAUUAUUACGUCUAUGAACUUGUCAAACCCAACACAUCAAUCCCCAGCCCAAUGUAUUGUGCAGUUGCUUUCCAAAACAUCAGCAGUGAUCCCUGCUACAACUAUAAGUCUCUGGAUCGUCCCUGGAGAGCCAACAAUGAAAGUGGAGAUAGCAUUUGUGAUUAUUCUUUCUCCUGGAAUGGCUGGUACCGGCUUUUCUACCGUGGAAUGAACAUCCAGUUGCCAGAGACUUGUGUUAGUUCAUACAGAUGUAACACACCGAUCCCACUGUGGCUGAACUGUCCUCACCCUCAGAUUGUAGAUGGAGUGGUGAUCAGAGAGGUCUGUGGACAGUACUGGACUCAAUGCUGUGAUUACAAACCAAGACCAAUCAGAGUUAAAGCAUGUCCAGGAAAUUACUAUGUCUAUGAACUUGUGGAGCAAAACUGGUGUGCAGGAUAUUGUACAAAUAUUAGCACCAUUUCACAGCCGAUUUCCACUAUACGUCCAGCUAUAACCACUAGAACCAACAACACUUUGAAUUAUGACCCAUGCAUUAACUACAACACACUCAAUGACAGCUGGAGAAACAUACUCAGUUAUCGUUAUGGAUCCAAUGCUAAUUAUGAUGACACAGAUGCUAAUUGGGAUGGCUGGUAUCGACUCUUUCUUAAUGGAUUGAGUGCUCAGAUGCCUGAAUGGUGUGUGUCUUACUUGGCAUGUGGAGGUUUUAGUUCUCUGUGGCUUGGUGGCUCUCAUCCUCGGCUGGAAGAUGGAGCUGUUACUCGUGACGUUUACGGCUCUUACUAUGACCAGUGCAGUUACUACAGAUCCGACCCAAUACAAGUCAAAGCUUGUCCGGGAAACUAUUAUGUCUACAAAUUUACCAGGCCAGCUCUUUCAAUCCCAUCUCCUACAUAUUGUUCAGUACGUUUCACCACCCCAAGUGUUGACCCUUGCUACAACUAUAACAGUCUGAAUGAGACUUGGAGAGCAACAAACAAUUCUUACAAUAGCAAUAUAAGGUGUGAUAACAUCCAAGGCUGGUACAGGCUGUUCUACAACGGUCAGAGUGCCCAGAUGCCAGAAUCAUGUGUAAAUCAAUACAUGUGUGGAACUUAUAACCCAAUGUGGCUCAACGGCUCCCAUCCGCGACUGGAAGAUGGGGUGGUCACCCGUCAGGUCUGUGGCUCCGGGUGGAGUGACUGCUGUUCUUACAGAUCUCUCCCUAUACAAGUCAAAGCAUGUCCAGGAAAUUAUUAUGUUUAUGAGUUUGUCAGCCCAGUAACCUGUGGAGUUUACUGUGCAGAUGUCACAAAACUUAGUGCAGCCUCUUCAACAACAGCAGCAACACCAAGAACACCAACAGCAUCCAUUACUCCAAGAGUCACAGCCACUGGUUCUACAACUUCCAGCACUGAUCCAUGCUAUAAUUAUACGAUUCUUGAUGAAUACUGGAGAGACAUACAAGCAAACUAUUACUACUCUUCACGUAAUGACAGUCUUGUUGAAUGGAGAGGCUGGUAUCGGCUGUAUCUGAGAGGACUCAGUGCUCAAAUGUCUGAGUGGUGUGUGAGUACUACACGUUGUGGUGGUGAAACUGGAUUGUCUCUCAAUGGUUCUCAUCCAAGACUUGAGGAUGGAGUGGUGACCCGUGAAGUGGUGGGAACUAAUGCUAUGGUUUGGAUGUGGUCGACUUCCUCUUGUGGCAGCUAUAAAUCCAACUCCAUUCGAGUCAAAGCUUGUCCUGGAAAUUAUUACGUCUAUGAACUUGUCAAACCCAACACAUCAAUCCCCAGCCCAAUGUAUUGUGCAGUUGCUUUCCAAAGCAUCAGCAGUGAUCCCUGCUACAACUAUAAGUCUCUGGAUCGUCCCUGGAGAGCCAACAAUGAAAGUGGAGAUAGCAUUUGUGAUUCUUCUUUCUCCUGGAACGGCUGGUACCGGCUUUUCUACCGUGGAAUGAACAUCCAGUUGCCAGAGACUUGUGUUAGUUCAUACAGAUGUAACACACAGAUCCCCGUGUGGUUGAACGGUCCUCACCCUCAGAUUGUAGAUGGAGUGGUGAUCAGAGAGGUCUGUGGACAGUACUGGACUCAAUGCUGUGAUUACAAACCAAGACCAAUCAGAGUUAAAGCAUGUCCAGGAAAUUACUAUGUCUAUGAACUUGUGAGGCCAAACUGGUGUGCAGGAUAUUGUACAAAUAUUAGCACCAUUUCACAGCCGAUUACCACUAUACGUCCAGCUAUAACCACUAGAACCAACAACACAUUGAAUUAUGACCCAUGCAUUAACUACAACACACUCAAUGACAGCUGGAGAAACAUACUCAGUUAUCGUUAUGGAUCCAAUGCUAAUUAUGAUGACACAGAUGCUAACUGGGAUGGCUGGUAUCGACUCUUUCUUAAUGGAUUGAGUGCUCAGAUGCCUGAAUGGUGUGUGUCUUACUUGGCAUGUGGAGGUUUUAGUUCUCUGUGGCUUGGUGGCUCUCAUCCUCGGCUGGAAGAUGGAGCUGUUACUCGUGACAUUUACGGCUCUUACUAUGAGCAGUGCAGUUACUACCGAUCCGACCCAAUACAAGUCAAAGCUUGUCCUGGAAACUAUUAUGUCUACAAAUUUACCAGACCACCUCUUUCAAUCCCAUCUCCUACAUAUUGUUCAGUACGUUUCACCACCCCAAGUGUUGACCCUUGCUACAACUAUAACAGUCUGAAUGAGACUUGGAGAGCAACAAACAAUUCUUACAAUAGCAAUAUAAGGUGUGAUAACAUCCAAGGCUGGUACAGGCUGUUCUACAACGGUCAGAGUGCCCAGAUGCCAGAAUCAUGUGUAAAUCAAUACAUGUGUGGCACUUAUUACCCAAUGUGGCUUAACGGUUCCCAUCCGCGACUGGAAGAUGGGGUGGUCACCCGUCAGGUCUGUGGCUCUGGGUGGAGUGACUGCUGUUAUUACAGAUCUCUCCCUAUACAAGUCAAAGCAUGUCCAGGAAAUUAUUAUGUUUAUGAGUUUGUCAGCCCAGUAACCUGUGGAGCUUACUGUGCAGAUAUAUCAAAACUUAGUGCAGCCUCUUCGACAACAGCAGCAACACCAAGAACACCAACAGCAUCCACUACUCCAAGAGUCACAGCCACUGGUGUGAGGGAUCACUGUACUGAACUCAGUUGCUCUGAGGAUGAACACUGUGGAGAAAAAAAUGGUGUUUAUGGCUGUUUAUGUAACGCAAACCAUUCCAGAUGGAAUUCUGAAUCUUUCGAUUUCUCAGAAACCUGUGAAAGCAGCUCUGGCUCCAUGUCUGUGUCUCGCUGUCAGCUCUUUGAGGCUGGUUUUUCAGCUGAUAUCUUACAUCUCAAUGAUCCAAGCUGUAAAGGAACAGUGCGCAAUGGCAGAGUGGAAUUUCAUUUUGACAACAAUGAACACAUCUGUGGUACUAACCUUGUGGCCAAUGGCACCCACUUCAUCUAUGAUAACUUCAUUCUGGGAACACCGAGGACAGAAGGCCUCAUCAGCAGAGAGAAGGUUCUGAAGCUUUCUUUCAGCUGUGCUUACCCCCAAACACAAACUCUUUCCAUGAAUAUGGAAAUCAACCCACUGGAGAGCAUUGUGCACAAGAGCCUUCCAGCGGGUGAAGGCAGAUAUCGUGUUCGGAUGAUUCCAUAUCAGGACGAUGAGUUUACCCAGCCCUUCACUGGUAGUGUGGAUGCGGAGCUCAACCAGGAGAUGCAUGUGGAAGUUCGCGUUGAGGGGGUUGACAGUCGACAAUUUGCCCUGGUGAUAGACACAUGUUGGGCUACACCUGUGAAUGACCCCGAUUACACUCUCCGCUGGGAUCUCAUCGUUCAAGAGUGUCCCAAUCCAAAUGAUGACACAGUGGAGCUGCUGCAGAACGGCGUCUCGACAUCCAGCCGUUUCUCCUUCAGGAUGUUUAUCUUCACUGCAAACUCCACUAAGCUUUACCUGCACUGUUCUAUUCAACUUUGCCUUCUGUCUAGCAAUCACUGUUCAGUGAACUGUAACUCUGGGCAGCACUGGAGAAAGCGCAGGUCUCUGGACUUCCACGACAGUUCUUCAAUAUCCAUGGGUCCUCUGAUGUUGUCAGAAGGAAACACAGAUAAGUGGGUCAAAGACCCAGUGAAGGUAUCCAAGGCUUCUUCUCUGUGUGCUUCUCUGAUGGUGUUGUUUGUCUUUAUGAUGAGUGUCUUGAUCCUCUUUUAAAAAUUUCUUCGAGAAAAUUGGAAGCAUUUAACAUGCAUAUAAUCUAAUGUCAUUAUAAUUAAGGUUGCACUGAUGUCACGCUGGUUGUGGGUUUCUAAAGGUUUCUUUGCUUCAUAGCAGUUAUAACUGUGGUAUUUUAAGUGAAUUGUUGUUUAAUCAGUUUUAUUAAUUGUUGCAUACUACUAUAUUAAUCUUGUUUUACUUGAAAUGAAGUGGAACAAUGGCAAAGCCAAUCAGAUUCAUGCUAAUUAA